CCGCCCACGCUGGGAUUGGUCCUGGUCCGAGGUGAGACGGACUUUGUGCCCUCGUGGGCCUUAGGGACUGCGGAGCAGAAGUGUUGGGCCAUGGCCCGGCCUCGCAGGCUGGAGCUGGCAGAGGCUCUGGCUCUGGGGCCGGACUGGAGGCAUGCCUGUUACGCCCUCCUGCACGCGCCCGAUCCUGGGAUUCUCUUUGGCCGCCUCCCUCUGCGCUACGCCAUACUGGUGAGGAGGGGGCGCGCCCGGACCUUUCCACUUUGGCCCUACAUCCUCCCUGCGGUACUACCCUUGGGUGCCCCUACCAAUCCCAGCUUCCUCCUCUCGCAGAUGCAGAUGCGCUUCGAUGGGCGCUUGGGCUUCCCUGGGGGAUUCGUGGACUCGCAAGACAGCAGUCUGGAGGAUGGGUUGAACCGUGGUCUGCUGGAACAGCUGGGUGAGGCGGCGGCUGCCUUCCGCGUGGAGCGCCCUGACUACCGCAGCUCCCACGCCGGGUCAGGGCCACGUGUUGUGGCCCACUUCUAUGCCAAGUCUCUGACACUCGAGCAGCUGUCCGCUGUGGAGGCCAGUGCAACACGCGCCAAAGACCACGGGCUGGAGGUGCUGGGCCUGGUGAGAGUGCCCCUGUAUACCCUGCGUGAUGGUGUGGGAGGCCUGCCUAUCUUUCUGGAGAAUUGCUUUAUUGGUGCUGCCCGGGAGCAGUUACUGGAUACCCUCCAGGACUUGGGAGUGGUGGAAGCUGGUGCUUUCUCAAGCCUUCAGAUACCAGCUCGUCAAAGGCAACCCUCUGUGGACCCAGGGAACCUAAGAUGAGGACUUUGGUAUUAGGAAGAGAAUGUUUUCUCUUCUGAACCUAAAGAUGAUACCAGAUUAAAAGAAGUGUGUACCAUAUGUUUUGAGCAGAGGACCCUCCAAUUCAUGGCAUCAGGGGCAAAAAUCCACAGCUCAUCCUAGGGGUCCCAGCAGGUUCUUAGAGCCUACCUCUUCCCUGUACAUUUGCAUAUAGCCUGGUAACCCCCAGGCAUGCAUAUGUACAACGUGACCACGUACAGCCUGAAAUAUUUCACCUAUCAAGUCCAGUUUAACCAGGAAUUGGCAUUUGUUACCAUACCCUGCUUCUUGCUUUGCAGAGAGCUUCUACAGGAAGGGUGGGUCCUUCCCACAGUCCUCCAUGGCUGCUCUUUAGAGUCUAGCCCAACCCAUGUUUGUUGGGAAGAACAGAGAAAAGUAUCCAUGCCCUUGCCAGAGGGUUCACCAAAGCAAUUGGCUCCUGAAAAGUGGGAGAGGGUCUUAACCAAUGUCCAACACUUUCCUUCUCCUGAAACUGAGAAGGGGUAAGGAAGUAGCUAGGUCCCCUUGGACUGAGCAUGGAUGUGAGACCUGUGAGUACUGGUGUCUCUCCUUCAGAGCUUUCAUCUACGGUUUGCUUUAGACUCUGGGACUAUCAGAAGAGAACUGACCCACAGCUGUCUAGCCCUGCCCUACCAAAAAAAGAGCCUCCCAUUAAAGAGGGCUUAGAGCUGGGCCUUGAGGCCCUUUACUUCUUUCAACAGAGAUCUAAUAUGUACCUACUAAAUGCCAGGUACUAUAAAAGGUCUUGCUCUCCAAGACUCCAGGACAGGGGUGGGCAAACAUUUUCUUAAAAGCCAAAUAGCAAAUAUUUUAAGCUUUGUAAACUACAUAGUUUUUAAGAAAAUAUCUUCUAACAUUGACUAAUAAAAAUUGCCUAUACUUAUUUUGUACAAA